CUUGAUGAUUUGUUUUAUUUUAUUUUAUUUUAUUUGUGUUUUUUUUUGAGAUGAAAGUAUAGAUUUUAUUUGAAUUUGUAUAAAACUUUAUUUUAUAUUUAUUUUAGGAAUAUAAUCCACAUACAAUGUCUGAAGAUGAAGUUAAAUUAUUGACUAUUAAACGUUUACAACAAAAUGAUACAGGUGUUUAUCUCUGUCGUGUUUUAAAUGAAUAUGGUUUUAAUGAUUUAAUUCAUCAACUUACUGUUUUACCUGAUUCUGAAAGACCUUUAUUACUACAAAAUAUAUCAUCAAAUAGACGACAUUAUAUAUCAAGUCGAUUAUCUGAUGAAUUAAUAAUAUUAAUUGGUUCAACACGUAUAUUAGCUACAAGAGGUAUUAGUAAUUUAAAAAAUAAUCAAUUAUAUCGAAAUAAUUGUCAUCGUUUUCAAACUGAAGGAACAAUAUCAACAAUUAUUCCAUCAUAUUAUGAUGAUCAAUCUGAAUUUUCUCGAGAAAAUCUUGCAGUUGGUCAUUUAAUUGGAAAAGGAGCAUUUGGUUUUGUACUUAUAUCAAGGUGUAGCAAAGGGUAUUAA